AUGAAGUCCUUCGCUACCGCAGCAAUUGCUGCCACCAUCAUUGGCGCUGCUUCAGCUAAGAAGUGCCAGAAUAUCACCGUUCCGGUCACUAUCUCAGCUCGCAAUGCCAAACUCGACCAGACCAAGUUGACACCACGGAGCAAUAUCGAUGUUACCAAUUUCGUGCUCGACAAUACCCAGCAGGGCCACAAUAACACGAUGGAGGAGCCGAAGGGUUAUCAAACCGUCACUGGUAGCUACAAGCUCGCCACGACCUACUGCGCACCAGACCACGGGGCCCCGAAUGUCGUUCAGCUCCUGACCCAUGGUAUUGGCUUCGACCGGUCAUACUGGGAUGUGCCCUUCAACAACUUCAACUACUCGUCCACCAACGAGGCAGUCGACGAGUAUGGUUUUGCAACUUUCAGCCAUGAUCGUCUCGGUAUUGGAAUGUCCUCCCAGGGCGAGCCAGUCAACGAGAUUCAAAUCCAGCUCGAGGUGUCUGCUCUCAAGGCUUUGACCGAUAUGCUGCGCGCUGGCAAGAUCCAGGGCGUGCCAAAAUUCGAGAAGGUCCUCCACAUUGGUCACUCAUUUGGCUCAGUUCAGAGCUACGCUUUGUCUUCACAGUAUCCAGGCAUCUCUGAUGGCCUUGGCUUGACUGGCUUUGGCCAAAACGGGUCCUUUCUGCCAUUCUUUCAGCUUGGUGGUGACUUUGGCCUUGCCAAUCUCAAUCCAGCUCUGGUCAAAUACGUCAACGGCUACCUUGCCAGCCAGACCCAAACUGCGGCCCACACCAACUUCUUCGCCCCGGGUGACUUUGACCCUAAGAUCCUCGAGUUCGCGACCAUGACCGGGCAACCUGUAACUAUCGGAGAAUUGUUGACGAUCGGCGGUGCCAACGGCGCCCCAAACCCGAUCAAGGGCCCCGUCCUCAUCAUUACUGGUGAGCGUGACGUGCCGUUCUGUGGUGGAGACUGCCUUGCUGCCCCAACUGGCUUCGAAAGCAUCCCAGCCCAGUCCAAGCAGUUCUUCAAGAAUACUUGCAAGUUCGACGCACAUAUUGUCAAGGGUGCCGGCCACGGUCUCAACCUCCAGUACACCCACACCGAGACCUACAAGUACAUUCUGGAGUUCUUCACCUCUAACGGCGUUGGUCCAAAGGGCGAGAAGGGUGGCAAGUGCGGCGCUGGUAAGGGCUAUGGCGGCAUGCCACCUGGUUAUGGACCACCAGGCAAAGGCCACUACUAG